AUGUGUCAUCACACAUCAUCUGCCACAGUUCCACAACUACCAAAUGCAGAAUCUACGAAAGGGCCACCGCCACAUAUCGUUGCACUUUCAAUGACAGAUGGAUCGAUGGCUUUUGUCCAACAAGACGCAUUCAAACAUCAUGAUAUGCAAACACUUGACUUUUCAAAUAAUCAAAUCCAGACAGUCAAUGUGAAUGCGUUCAGAGGACUUGAGAUGAAACUGACCCAAUUGGACCUAUCGCAUAACAAUCUUUCUGUAAUUCCGACAUGGGCACUGACAUAUCUUCAUAAUCUCCAGAUUUUACAUCUCGAGAACAACAGAAUUGAUGUUCUACGGUCGAACACUUUUGAUGAAACUCAAUUGAAUAACUUGCAAUUUUUAUACCUGGAUAACAAUCAGCUUCGAAUAAUACCGAAUCUCGCAUUCAAUCAUCUCCGUCUUGUUGUCUUGAUGUUAGCCAACAAUCGGAUAACAGAAAUUCAAAAGAUGUCUCUCCCACACACAUUGAAUUUUUUAGUUCUUCGAAAUAAUCUUUUGGCGCAGAUUCCAUAUGUUGCGUUGAACGAUUUGAAAAUGUUGCAGUCGAUUGAUUUAGAGGGAAACAAUAUUACACAUUUGAUGGAUUCAAACGAAGUGACUUUUGAAUCCGAAAUGAAAGUUAUUUUGAGAAACAACAAAAUUCGACGAUUGGACAAAAACUCAUUCAGAAGUUUUCGGAAGAUUAGAGAGCUAGAUAUAAGCUACAAUCAGAUACAAACAGUUGAAGAUUCUUCGUUCGAGACUGUCGGACACAUGCAGUCAUUGGAUUUGAGUUACAACAAGAUAGCUUAUUUGCCACGUGGAAUGCUUAAAAACUUUGCAAAAACACUUAAGACUUUGAAGUUAGCUGAGAAUAUGGUUCAUGCAACUCCAGAAGCACUUCGAGAUUUGCGAAACUUGACGCAUUUGAAUCUCAAUGGUAAUAAGUUGAAUAGGAUCGAUGGAGAUGUAUUGAGAGGAUGUAAGGAUACACUGGUUGAAUUGUUUAUUGCUAACAACUACUUGGAACAUAUUCCUCACGGAGUUCUGAGUGGAAUGAAACAACUCGAACAUCUGGAUAUAUCGAAGAACAAGAUCUUGUCUCUGAAGAAACCGUCAUCUUUGUUGUCGAUUACAAAAGAAGAAACAUCUAGUGUCCGUCGUCUGAACUUAGCUGGAAACCGGAUCAACAACAUGAGUGAUGUUCACAUAUUCGAACAUAUGCCAUCUCUCACUUAUGUUGAUGUUUCCUUCAACAGAAUUCGGUUCAUUUCUCCGCGUGUAUUUGAACUGCUCAAAAACUUGGAGAGCCUUUUCUUGCAGAACAAUCACUUGACUCAUUUUCCAUCAUUGUUCCGACUGGACAAGCUUCGUCACUUGAUGUUGGAUAACAAUCAAAUUCAGAAAAUUGACAACUUUUCCCUAGCAGAUCUUCCAAAGUUGCAACAUCUUUCUCUGGCGGGAAAUCAAAUUGACUUGAUUACAGAAAAUAUGUUUGGUUCGAGCAGUUCAUCAGAGUUGAAAUCUUUGAACUUGGCACACAACAAGAUCCACACAAUUUCAAGUCGGUCGUUUUCUGAUUUAGACAAUAUACAGCAACUUCGGCUCAGUCAUAAUCAUAUCCGAACAAUUCCAUCAAUGACUUUCGCCAAUUUACGGAACCUCCGCUAUCUUGAUCUAUCACACAACAGAAUAAUAAAAAUUCUGCCGAGUGCUUUGUAUCAAUUACCAGCACUGGAUGUGCUUCACUUGGAUCAAAAUAAUCUAAACGAAAUUGAUCGAGAUGCAUUCCGCUCAUUCAGUGAUCUUCAGUCACUGAAAUUGUCACACAAUGCAUUCAGAAGAUUCAGUUGUGAAUUUCUGGGAAGCAUCUCUCAAGUACAUCAGUUGGAUCUCAGUUCGAAUCAGAUUAACGAAAUUGAUAUAUCCUGUAUUGCACGAGGAAUUCGUAAAAUCUCAUUAGCUUCAAACAGUGUUGAGAAAAUUCAUCGGAAACUACUUCAAGAUGCAACUGAACUAACUUCAAUUGAUAUAUCUCACAAUGGAAUUAUCGAUGUAGACAGUGAUGCAUUUGCUGAGUGUAGAAAGUUGUCACAUGUGAAACUUUCACACAAUUAUAUCAGAAAUUUAUGGAAAGGAACGUUCCAAUAUCAGGAGAAACUUCACACUUUGGAUAUUUCAUUUAACGACAUUCUAUUUUUGCAUCAAGGAACGUUUGGAAAGAACAACAUUCUACAGUUGCAUGUGAAUAACAAUAAGUUAUCGAGAAUCCCGUUGGAAGCAUUGUCCUCAACAAUGUCCUCACUUCACCUACUUGAUCUUGCCUUCAACAAUAUCAAAAUUGUCGACUCGUCACAACUAACUUCGUUUGGAAAUCUUUCAGUACUAUCAUUCGCCAAUAACAAAGUGGAUUCUAUCGAGGAUGGAGCGUUUGAGAACUUAAUGAGUUUGAAGAUUUUGGAUCUUUCCAAUAAUCCAGUAACUUCAUGGAGUCCCACCGCUUUUCGCGAUUUGAGUCAUUCGAUAAGUUCCAUCAAUAUGGCGAAUACUGGAUUGUUCUCAAUGCCAAAGUUCAGUCAUAGAUCUAUUCAGUCAUUGAAUAUUAGCUGCAACAAAAUAUACGAACUUUCGGAAAGAGAUCUGGCGCCUCUCACUAAACUUGUUGCUCUAGACAUUUCUCACAACAAUUUGAAGCAGAUUAGUCCUAUGGCAUUCGAGCCUCUGAUUCAUUUGAAACAACUGAAUAUCUCGGCGAAUCCAAUCACUCAUCUGACAAAUGAACAUAUACAACAACUAUAUCAGCUAGAAACUCUUCACAUAUCUGACAUGCCAUUCUUACUUCGUCUACCAGAUUCUCAUGCUUUCAGUCAAAUGAAUAACUUGAAACAUUUUCAUUUAUACAACAUUCCUGAUAUGGCUCGUCCCUAUCAGAUCAGCUCAAUUCUCUUCAAUCUCCCACCGUUACAUACAAUUCAUGUUGAUAUCAAAGAAGCGAUUCUUGACAGACAGUUUUAUACAGCCGACACUAGAUUAUUGAGGCAUUUGGUUGUUGCUGGUAAAAAUAUGACAACGAUUGAUGUUGGUGCAUUUGCUACCGUUAGAGGGUUCAAGGUACGAAUUGAAGUACACAAUUCAUCGAUUCAAGAAUUCCCAUCAAGGAUAUUUGAAACUUUGACUGGAAUUUCGAUUCUCUCUUUAAGUUUGACAGACAAUAAGCUCACAACAUUCAACCCGUUCCAAUCUACAACCGCACCAGUCGUAAAUCAACACGGAACUAUCCUUCAUUCACUGGAACUGAGAAACAAUCCCAUCACAUGUGACUGUCAAUUCAGAUGGAUGGAUGAGUUCAUUCGAGUCACAAGUCUACUAUCAGAUCACCACAAUUCUCACGAUUUCGACAAAGUGGAAUGUGCAGAUUCUCAAACAACCAAGUUAGAGAGCAUUGCAUCAGCUGCCAACGAAUUGUUCUCAUAUAGAGCAAAAUUGACAUUAUUGUCAAAAUCAGAUGAUUUUGAUAUGGAGUGUGCGAUCAAGUCAAGUCGAUCUCAUUUGUUGAAAAUGUCAGUCGUUAUUUCAGUAUUCAUCUUAUUUAUGUGA